UAUUAUUAACAUAUGCCACAUCAGUCUUACAUACAACUCUAGUCAAAGGGGUUGCUUCAAAUCAGCUUACAAAAUGGAAAAGUUCGUGUGCGUUUUUAUGUGUCUGGUUGCUUUGUGCUGCACCGCCUCGGCCCUUAAAUGUCACGAAUGCGAAAGCGACCAAUUAAUCGGAUGCGCUAAGGAUGCCAAACCCAAAGAAAAGACCUGCCCCGAUGCUCCACAAAAUUCAAUGGCCGUUUGUACAUAUAAAGUAUUUUUUGAAACAGCGAAAAGCGCCUAUAAAGUGCGUUCUAACUGUGGAGUUAUUCAGGCGGAUGCCCCUUUAAACUCAAAAAGUCAACCAGAUUGUAAUAAUCCGGCAGGUGGAACUGAAGUGAAGGAGUGCCGAGUGUGCAACAAGGAUUUCUGUAACGCAUCCUCCGUUUUGGGAUCAAGCACCGUCAGCUUCUUGAGCCUUCCUCUGAUGUACUUCGCCACCAAAUAUUUGUUAUACUAAGUCUUGUUCAUUUACUUUAAUUAGAUGUGAUGUAGUUUAGAUACUAGCACUUGAUUGUUCUAUUUUUGAAGGGAAAGCUGUAUGUUCACCUAAUAUCAUCAAUAAAGAUUGCGAAAAAAA